AUUUUUUUAUAAAUAAUUCGUCUCUAAUGAGUAAUAACUCCCUGAACUUCGUCAUUACAAGAAAAACGGUGUAUACUUAUCCUGUCAGAAGGCUCAGAGCCACCACCGAACAAAUACUUACCAAGAGAAACGGUGUAUACUUAUCACUUUGAUCUCCACAGUUGAAAAUAGAAGGUUUGCAAGUAGAUAAUGGAUAAACAAGAGAGAGAAAAAAGUAACAGGUUUGAAACAACAUGGGUUCCUCAAACACCCAUCAUCAAACCAGUUUCUCCAAUCUACCCAGAUCAGAAUCAGACAGACGAAAGGAGAUUCGUUGGUCUUGACCACUUGUCUUUUGGAGAUUCACUGGCUCUAGCCAACACUAAAUCACCAGUGUUUUUCUCCGGCCAAACUGGACUUGAUAAAGAACUUAUCAUCAAGACACUUAAAAAGCUAAAGAGCGAGAAGCAUAGGCCAAAGGUUGCUCCAGAAGCUAAGCCAAAGAGAGAUCUCAAACCGAAAACCCUCAAGAAGCCUGUUGUUGAGAGGCUUCUGGGUGAAGAAAUUAAAACUCACAAUGUGCGGAAGAUAAAGGAAGUUGAUGAGUAUCAAGGAUACACGCCAGUUAAAGAAUCAGCAGCUGGAGAAGCUUCAACUCAUGCCAAGAACAAGAAGGCUACUCAUGCCAAGAACAAGAAGGCUUGUAGAAGAUCCUUGGUCUUUGAAGAUGGGAGUUUCAAACCUGAGGACGGAGAAAUACAACACAGAGAUGAAAUACACCUAGAAAAGCAGGAUCAAAACUUACAAGAUUGUGAUAUCACAAGGCGUAAGAGAAAGCUUAGGCAGAGUUUUCAGUCUAAUGCUCGCUUGGAUAAGAUAGACACCCCAACAAAGAAGAUAACUAUAGGUCAUACUCGAUUCCGGGAUCUGUUUUCCAUAUAUAAAGCUACACAAGAUUCGGAGCAGUUACAAGCAUGAUGGUAUAGUGGACAGCAGAAUAAUUUCACAUCUCACUGCCAGUGAUGGGGAGUCCUAACCCAGUGUUGUAUAUAUCUCGCUUCCUCUCUCUCCUUUCUAUAUUGAAUUUACAGGAAACUUUUUCUGACAAAGAUUGCAUACAGGUGAUGUAUGAAACCAAAGCCAGGCUCCUAUGCACAGCAGAGGGUAGCCCUCUAGAACUACUGGAGAGUAUAGUGACAAUAGCUGAUGCGCAGAAAAUAGCACCAAGAACUCUUCAAGAUCAAGGAAGAGCGAUGAUAUCGAAUUAGGACUCCACCAGAACUGGCAUGAGAUGUGAAAUUAUUCUGCUGUCCGCUAUACCAUCCUGCCUGUCACUCCUCCGAAUCUUGUGUAGCUUUAUAUAUGGAAGACAGAUCCCAGAAUCGAGUAUGACCUGUAGUUGUCUUCUUUGUUGGAGUGUCUAUCUUAUCCAAGCGAGUAUUAGACUGAAAACUCUGCCUAAGCUUUCUCUUAUGCCUUGUGAUAUCACAAUCUUGUAAGUUUUGAUCCUGCUUUUCUAGGUGUAUUUCAUCUCUGUGUUGUAUUUCUUCGUCCUCAGGUUUGAAACUCUCAUCUUCAAAGACUAAGGAUCUUCUACAAGCCUUCUUGUUCUUGGCAUGAGUAGCCUUCUUGUUCUUGGCAUGAGUUGAAGCUUCUCCAGCUGCUGAAUCUUUAACUGGCGUGUAUCCUUGAUACUCAUCAACUUCCUUUAUCUUCCGCACAUUGUGCGUUUUAAUUUCUUCACCCUCAACAACAGGAUUGAACACCCCUAUUUUUCUUCAAGAGUGAGUUACCAUUUGAGACACUUUCUUCUCUUUUUUCACAUCAUAAGGCACUUAUAACUAGAAGCACACAUUCUCUUUGUCUAACUUGUGUGAUAGGACUUCUCUAUCCUUCUCGCUGGGUUAAAGGAGACAAGCCUCUAGUUAGCAUUUUAUUAUUUUAAUAUAAUGAUGUGUAUUUUUUUUCAAUUUGAAAAUAUAUAUACAAAAAAUUGUCUAGAUGAUAAAAUAUGUUUUUAAUUAUUUAUAUGUUUUGACAUCUAUUUUGAUAUAUAAUUUUUUUUUUUU